CAGACGGAUGUGAGGAAAGCAACAGAGUUUUGCCCAGAACGGGUUAAUACCAGAAGAACACCUCAUACAUUACAUAGUGAAAUUAGUCAAAUUAAUAAAACUAUUAAAAAUGAAGAAAAGUUACGUGGUAAUUAUGAAGAAAUCACUAGAAAAUAUAAAGAAACUGGUGAUGCUUUUAAAAAGAUUGUUCAUGAAGUACAACAGUUGAAGAAUUUCAAUUCUAACAUGGAAAAGAUUAUGACUAAUAGAACAAGAAGAUACUCUAAACUAAGACAAUACAUAGCUUUAAGAGCUAAAUUAUUCUUUAUAGUUUUAUUAAGUAAUAGAAAUUAUAAAGGCAAGAUGAGUUUUAAUCAUACAAAAGAAUCACUAGAUAUGACAGUCAUGCCAGCUAUACAAGGUGGUGAAGCAGCCAAAGAUUUGAAAUCAUUAUCUGGUGGUGAAAGAUCGUUCUCUACUGUAUGUUUUAUAUUGGCUUUAUGGGAUGCCAUGGAGUCGCCUUUCAGAUGCUUGGACGAGUUUGAUGUAUUUAUGGAUAUGGUCAAUAGAAGAAUUAGUAUGGAUAUGAUGAUGGUUGUAGCUAAAGAGCAAACUAGUCGUCAAUUUAUAUUUUUGACUCCGCAAGACAUGAGUCAAUUGAAAAUGGGACAAAAUUUCCGUAUUUUUCGAAUGCCGAAUCCAGACAGAGGUCAAACAACAUUAGAACUUGGAGAAAGAACUGAAGAUGAAUAA